CUCCCGCCCCUCCGCCAGCGGGCCAGGGGGUCGCCGCCCCGAGUCUCGGGCGGGCGGGCGCGCGCUCUCCGAGGACGGCCGGAGCCCGGCGGCGCUCGCCCCCUCCCCUCCCGUACACUUUCCCCGGCGCAGCGCGCACACGCCGGCCCGGGCACGCGCCCGCCAAGAUGGCAGGGGCCGGGGCCCAGCUGUCAGGCGCCGCCGCCGCAGCCCUUUCCCGCAGCUAGCGGACCGGACGCCCGCCCCGAGAAGAUGACCCUCCGCUGCUCCCCGCAGCCCAGCGAGACGCGGAGCCGCCGCGCCCGGGGCCGGCUCCCCCGCUAACGCCCCGCACCGCGCCCCCGGCCCCGCGCGCCCGCCCCGGCAGCGACAAUGAGUGAACAGAGUAUCUGCCAAGCCCGGGCUUCCGUGAUGGUCUACGAUGACACCAGUAAGAAAUGGGUACCCAUCAAACCUGGCCAGCAGGGGUUCAGCCGAAUCAACAUGUACCACAACACCGCCAGCAACACCUUCAGAGUCGUCGGAGUCAAGCUGCAGGACCAGCAGGUUGUGAUCAAUUAUUCAAUCGUGAAAGGGCUGAAGUACAAUCAGGCAACACCAACCUUCCACCAGUGGCGAGAUGCCCGCCAGGUCUACGGCUUAAACUUCGCGAGUAAGGAAGAGGCGACCACCUUCUGCAAUGCCAUGCUGUUUGCCCUGAACGUCAUGAACUCCCAGGAAGGAGGCCCCUCCACCCAGCGCCAGGUGCAGAAUGGCCCCUCUCCUGAUGAGAUGGACAUCCAGAGAAGACAAGUGAUGGAGCAGCAGCAGCAGCAGCGUCAGGAGUCUCUAGAGAGAAGGACCUCAGCCACAGGACCCAUCCUCCCACCGGGGCACCCCUCAUCUACAGCCAGCGCCCCCCUCUCGUGUAGUGGGCCUCCACCCCCACCCCCGCCCCCUGUCCCACCUCCACCCACGGGGGCCACUCCCCCUCCCCCACCCCCACUGCCAGCCGGAGGAGCCCAGGGCACCAGCCAUGACGAGAGCUCCGUGUCAGGCCUGGCCGCCGCCCUGGCAGGGGCCAAGCUAAGAAGAGUCCAGCGGCCAGAAGAUGCGUCUGGAGGCUCGAGUCCCAGCGGGACCUCCAAGUCUGACGCCAACCGGGCGAGCAGUGGGGGUGGAGGAGGAGGCCUCAUGGAAGAGAUGAACAAACUGCUGGCAAAGAGGAGAAAAGCAGCCUCCCAAACAGACAAGCCGGCUGAUAAAAAGGAAGACGAAAGCCAAACGGAAGAGCCCAGCACCUCUCCGUCUCCAGGGACCCGAGCAGCCAGCCAGCCGCCUAACACCUCAGAGGCUGGCCGGAAGCCCUGGGAACGGAGCAACUCAGUGGAAAAGCCCGUGUCCUCAUUACUGUCCAGAACCCCGUCCGUGGCAAAGAGCCCCGAAGCUAAGAGCCCCCUUCAGUCGCAGCCUCACUCUAGGGUGAAGCCGGCAGGAAGUGUAAAUGAUGUGGCCUUGGACGCCUUCGAUUUAGACCGGAUGAAACAGGAGAUCCUGGAGGAGGUGGUUCGAGAGCUCCACAAAGUGAAGGACGAGAUCAUCGAUGCUCCCACCAGAGCCUCUGACAGCUGCUCAGAUCUGGAGCCAGAGGAAAAGGAAAGGUUUGGGCAGGGCUGGCUCAGCCCUGGGACAAAGCAGCGAGGCGCCUCCUGGACCCCCCCACACACACACCAAAGGCGGGGGUUGGGGGCAUGAUGAAGUCACAGUUGGGGGCUGGUGGCAGAGAGCUGCCUGGACUGGAGAGAGAGAAGAGGCUAGGGUGGGAGCCUGCCUGAGGUGCCCACACCCCCGGUCCCCUGCCCAGAGCUGGGUGACCAAGCCACACCCUGUUCUAGUCCCAGCAGAGAGCACUCAGUUCCUGUCUAGUCCCCCCACAGGCCUGCGCUGGGGAGAUAAGGAGUUAAUGAAUGAAGAGCCUAGACAGAGCUGGAGCCAGAAGGGAGACACAGCCAGCUAUUAACUCGGCUUUAUUGCUGGGUGUCCCCCAGAAGGGGCUGCCCUUGUGGCCCCCAGGGCCAGAGCUGCUGUGCGGCUGGGAGCAGGGCUGCCCAGCCAGCCUGUCUGCAGAGCAAAGUGUGCUGGGAAACGUGUCUCCAGGCCUCGGUCUCCCCAUCUGCCAUCGGGGCAGCCAUAUGUGGAAGCUGCCUCGCAGGCGGGCGGCCAAGCGGGCCGUGGGGAAGCGUGGGCAGUUGGGGGCUCCCAGAAACACCCCUUAUUACUUGACAAAUGCCCAGCCCUCGGCUCUUUCUCCUGGCCUUUGGCUCCAGGCCCAGUGGGGUCUGUCCGGGGAAAGGCCCAAAUUUGGAGGGACAGGCGGAAGCUGGGAGAAGAGCAAGGGAAGCCCCUGGCCCUCGCUGGUGGGGGAAGAGCUCAGGCCAGAAGUCCAGGGGCGUCGGCUUCAUUCAGCGCCGGGGACUUCCUGCUGCCACGUCAGGGGAGGGCCUCCCAGGUCCUCCAGGCAAGACUGGGAUACCCUCCAGCCUAGGGCCCCUCCCCAGCUCCGGGUCUGGGCAGGUCAUCGCCCCCUCAGCUCGGGAGGAGCAGCUCCGCCCUCAAGGGACUGAGACGCACAAGGGCUUGGUUGUCACCCCAAAGUCUGUGCCCUGACCCUUGGGAACCUGGGUGAGGCUCUCAGGAGACGGGCUAGGGUAGGCAGCAGGCAGGGCGCCCUGCAAGGACCUGAGCCUGUGUCCCCCGUCCUGUC